UAUCCGACCGGCUCCUUUUCUGUAACUGUCAAAAGUGUCAAAACAAAAUUAUAAUUUCAAUAUUUUAACUCGAUGCAGAUUUAAGAAAAACAAGUGACCUUUGGUAAAAGCACUUUAUUUUUCUUGAUAGCAACUAACUAAAAUACUAAAAGCAGGCGAUGGCCGCCGCACGAGUGGCAGCGGAGGCGCGCGCGGGCGCGGCGCGCAUGGCGGCGUGGCGCGCGCAUUCUUACGCCGCGGACGAGGCGGGCGCGGCCGCCGCGCUGCGACUCGACGCGGCGCGCCGCCCCGUGCGCCGCGCGCCCGAUGAACUGCUCGUACGAGUGCAUGCGUCUUCUAUAAACCCUAUUGAUCUCGCCAUGAUCCGUGGUUACGGCUCGCGCGUUCUAAACGCGUGGCGAGCGCUCGAAGGCAGCGAAGGACUGGAGUUCCCUUUAACGCCGGGGCGAGACUUCGUGGGGACGGUGGCGGGCGCCGCGCCCGGAGCGCCGCUCGCCCCGGGGGCCCGCGUGUGGGGCGUGCUGCCGCCGCACAGGGUAGGGGCGCACGCGGACUACGUGCUCGCCAAAACUUCUUGGGUCAGCCUAGCACCAGAAAACCUAGACGACCUCCAAGCAGGCGGCGCUCUGUACGGAGCGCUGACUGCCUGCGCGGCGCUGCGGGUGGGGGGGUUGGCGCCCGGCGGGGAGGGGGGGAAGCGGGUGCUCGUGCUCGGGCUGGGCGGCGUCGGACACGCGGCCGUGCAGCUUCUAGUUAGGGACAGGCAUCAUGUGGUGGUGAGCUGUGCCGGCGAGCAAGCGGAGGCCGCGCGUGCGCUGGGGGCGGAGCCCCUCGACCGGCGCCAGGAAGAUUAUGCUGACCGUCUGCAGCAGGCUGGCCCGUUCGACGUGGUGUUAGACUGCGCGGGGCAGGGCGGCGCGGGCGCGGCGCGGCUGGCGUGCGCGUUCGGCGCCUACGUCACGCUGACGUCGCCGCUCCUGCGCCGGACGGACGCCGCCGGGCUCCUGCCAGGCUCCGUGGCGGCGGCCGCGGACCUGAUCCAGCAGAACUUAGCCGUCAGACAACCUACUCAGAAAGCGUCUCUAGCGGCGUGCCUGCCGCGCGUGCGCUGGGCGUUCUUCUCACCGCGCGCCGACGACAUUGAACUGUUACGUCGCCGAGCCGAACGGGAACAGUUCAGUGUGGCCGUGGAGCAAGUGUGGAGCUGGCGCGAGGCGAGCGCGGCGUACGCGCGCGCCUCGCGGGGGCACGCGCGCGGCAAAUUGCUGCUCGACUUUGCCGCGCCGUGACAUCGUACGUCAUAGUCGCUGAACGGCCCUGUCAUUCUGUUAACAUAAAUAUGGCUUCUCUAAUACAUAAUUAUUUAUGUUAACCUAAUAUUAGUUUACUUAAGCUGUUUUCCGAAUAAAAUAAAAUUAAAAGGGAAGAAUAACUUUGCGAUCCUAGCGAAAUAACGGUAUUUUUUCAAUGAAAUUCCAUUGCGGAAGAAAACGUUUUCCACUAACGAAAUCUUAACAAAUCACUUUGAAUUUGAUGUCGAUCGCUUCAGCAUAAUAUAUUCUAGGUUUAUAGGUUUCGCUUUUAAAAAAAAUUGUUUGUCUUGCAAAUUUUGAAAAAAAAAGGGAAACCUAUAAACCUAGUUUUUCAUUGCGUCAAUAACAUACUUUAAAAUUAUGGAGAAUGGAAAAUCACGUGGUAUAAUUCCCUCUUAAGUAAGACGUCCGCGGCAAAUGGCCGAAUUUCACCUACCCAUGCAAACGGAAUUUCGUUCUCAUUUUAAAACUACGUGUUGGAUUGUAAUGAA